AUGGAAGUCUAUGACUCUGAGCCAUGGUAUGUAUCGGACUCCUUUACCCACCGUUGGGGUCUUAAAGCCAUCCUGCGACGCCUUGUUGGCGCGGGUUAUCCGUCCGAGGGAUUUAUGCCGCAAGGCUAUCUGAUCGAGGAGGUUGGACCGAUGAAUAUGAUUGGGAAGGGCCUGGAAGAAUGCGAUAAAGGAACAAGGAGGUUGAUUAAGGCGGACCGAGGUGGCUGUCCCUUUGCUGUUUCUAAGAAUUGA